AGAACCACGAAGAACUUAAACGGGGUAGAAAUCAGAUUUCUUUCUAUUCCGAUAACUUUAUAUUUGCUGUCAAUAAAACGAUAAUUUGACAAUAGUCAAUAUGAGUAUGACAGCUGAUGAAUGAUGAGUGUUGGUGAAAUAGACGCGCACAAGUGUUGUCGACUUGUCACUGCUGAGUGGCGAGUUCUGAAUAGCUGUGAUAAAUAGUAAAUACAUAAUAAUGUAUUAAAUAUUUUUACGCUUAAAUUACAAUUAUCUUAUAUUGCCCAUAAAUAUUGUAAUUCAAUUUACAAAUUAAUUAAACUAAUAAGAAAAUGAAGAUAGCUAUUGAAGGUUGUGCUCAUGGUGAACUAGAUAAAAUAUAUGAAUGUAUAGAGGCUUUACAAGAAAGGGAGUCAAUAAAGAUAGAUUUAUUAAUAUGUUGUGGGGAUUUUCAAGCUGUUAGAAACAAUGAUGAUCUCAAGGCAAUGGCUGUACCAGAAAAAUAUCAUAAUAUUUGUACAUUUUACAAAUAUUACAGUGGAGAGAAGGCAGCUCCAAUACUAACAUUAUUUAUAGGUGGGAACCAUGAAGCAUCUAAUUACCUACAGGAAUUACCUUUUGGAGGUUGGGUGGCACCAAAUAUUUAUUAUUUAGGCCGAGCUGGUGUUAUAUGGUUUGGAAAUUUAAGAAUAGGAGGUAUGUCAGGGAUAUUUAAGGGCCAUGAUUACUUACAAGGUUUCUGGGAAUGUCCACCAUAUACACAGAAUUCAAUAAGAUCUGUAUAUCAUGUCCGAGCUCUGGAUGCAUUCAGACUGAAACAAUUAGUUGAACCGGUACAUGUGAUGCUGUCACACGACUGGCCAAGAGGUAUAGCAAAAUAUGGAAAUGCAGAUAACUUAUUAAAGAGAAAACCUUUCCUUAGAGAUGAUAUUGAAUCAAACAAAUUGGGAAGUCCUCCAGCAGAACAACUGCUGCACAAGCUAAAACCGGACUAUUGGUUCUCGGCACAUUUACAUUGCCAAUUUGCAGCUCUAGUGAAACAUGAAGAUGGAAAGGAGACAAAGUUUUUAGCAUUAGAUAAAUGUUUACCAAAGAGAAGGCAUUUACAGAUUUUAGAUUUGCCCAUAGAGUAUGAUGGUGAUAAAUUAUUGAAACAUGAUGCCGAAUGGCUUGCUGUUUUGAAGAAUACAAAUCACCUUCUGUCGGUUAAGAAUAUUGAUUCGCAUUUACCAGGCCCUGGAGGCAACGAAAGGUACGACUUUACCCCUGAUGACGAAGAGAAGAAAAAUGUGCUGACCCUGAUGAGUGACUUAACAAUUAAAAGUGAAGAUUUUGUUAGAACUGCUCCAGUGUACAAUCGUGAGAUCGGAAGAGCUGGAUACCGUUCAGAAUCCCGGUAG